AUGUCGGCUCUUUUUGCGAGGACAACAUUUCUUCUGGCUCGUAAUGGGGCUCCAAAAUUGUGCUCUCCAAAGGUUAUGAUGGUUCCGGCUCGUGGUUUUACAAAACCAGCUUUUUUACAAAAUUUCUAUGAUAAAUUGGAAAAACUAGAGCAUGAAAUAGACGAGGAAGGAAAAGUUGGUGCUAAUUUACCUUUCAGUAUCGAAAAUCGUCGAGCUCUUGCCAUCAAAUUCAUUCUUUUUAUUGGAAUUGCCUUCAACAUACCGUUUGUUUUCACCUAUUAUCAAAUGAAAAAUGCCAAGAGUUCCUAA